AUGGCUCCCGCAAACACAACGUCUUCGCCGCGCGACCACGCCGCAGACGAUAACCCAGAUCUGGCUCGAAAGCGACAGAGGUUGAGCGAAGACCCUGGCGCAUCUCCCGAAGGCUCCGUGAUCAUCGAAGAAGUCGGCGGCCCGGAGGACUUUGGGUCCAACAUGGAGAACGCCAUCCGAAUCGAAGACGACCCUGGCCUCACAGCAUCGUACCAGGAAGCCUUCCAACAUUUCAGCAAAUUCUCGCCUGUGGAACAGCUUCGAUUCAUCCUGGAUCGACUGGCGAAAAACCAUUACCUUGACCCUGCGCUUUUCUCGUGGUUUGCAGACGCAUUCGCCAGACACAUCGCCGAGACAACAACAGAAUCACAGACAUGGAACCAGCACUACCUCGAGGACGAAGCGGAGUUCUUCAACACCUUGGCACGUGUCUCUUACGAGCUACUGGCGGUUGGCGAUCUCUUCGACUCUUCGGUCGACCUCGGCCAUGGCGACAUGCAGACCGCGUUCACAAACUUUGUUAUCAGCGUGCAAACGUUGUGUCGGCGGACCAUCCCACUGCUGCCGGCUGCGGUGAAGACUACAUUAUCGAGACGCGACUCCGCUCACGGAUCUAGCAGACCUCAAACGCUGGACUCGCUGAUUUUCCUCCUCGUGGCCGAGCGCGCACUCGAUACCCGUGGCGCAGCUGUGACAGCGUUCUGCAGUGUCAAGCACGCAACCAAACUGAAGGACGCCUUUCGCCAGGGGGUCAUGAACCUCACAGAUGACCGGGUAUUCCAAGCCACAACCUCACUCAUCCAAGAUAUCAGUGGUUCGGCACGUCAGCUGAAAGACUCAUGGGCAUUUUUGGACAGCGCACUCGCUACCUUCUUCAUCUGUGUCGACUUGCGUCCGGGAGAUCAAUUCCCCAAAGUUGAAGUUGAGGCAGUACUGGACGUCCUCUAUCAGUCCAUCAAGCCAGCCGUGUGUGGCAAGCAUCCACGUGCCCUUCCAGAACUGUUCCACGUCAAGACCCUUACUUGGGGAGAAUGUCUCAUCAACAGCCAUGCGCAGUCCUCCAAGGGUUCUUCUGCGGAGAAUUUGUACGAGCGCUUCCUCAAGAGCUCGACUGAUGCGUUGUUCCCACAAGCUACCGGCAAUGAGUCCACCGCUACGUCGUUGUGGCGCAUAUCAGGCCGAGACGACAAGGUCUCUGCAAAUCUGCUCGGCAUGUCGUGGUUUCUCCAGGGCGCAACGGCGUUUAUCCGCAGCGACAUCAUGGACGUGCGAACUGCAGGCGCAAUAGCGCUCAAGGACCGGCUCAUUGGUCUCCACACAGACUGUGGCAAAAUGGAAGACGGAUUCGAGCAUCCCAUCGUACAAUACGUCGUGAGGUUCUUACGAGAGAACGAGAUGACUGCGUACAUCUUCGGGCCGGAGUCGCAUGCGGGCCUCAUCAACCAAGGCCGCGACGUAAUAGUGUUUCUCGCGGCCACCAACACGCACACGCGCGUUGAGACGGACAUCAUCUGGCGGGCAUGCACUACGAGCGUCGAGGCGGACUUUGCGAAAGCGGCGGUCGGAGUGCUGAGACUAGUCAUGCUUCAUCUUGACCUCGACCAUCUCUUUUACAUACUGGAGAAGUACGCUACUACACCAGUUACCGAAGUCGGCACACAGGCGGUCGACUUUCUACCCGAGCUGGUCACACUCAUGGAACGGAGAACUAUCGACGCAAAAGACGAGCCGAACAGGUUGAAAGUGGCGUUCGCUGGCAUCGAGCUCUUGAAACAUGCGGACACCGACUCACCUUCCGCUCUCAUCAGUCGUAUCCGGCAUUGUGCGAUGGCAGCAAUCGGCCGCUUUGCCAAUUCACGCUGUACGUUCGAACAGCGAGCAGAGAUAUACAAGUACUGCGUUCCCGAAGUCCUGCAGAUGAGCCAGCAUGCAACCACGGCAUUCGAAGUCUUCUCGUACUUCAUCGGAUCUGGCGUUCCUCCGGCAGAGAUCAAUCUCAUGCUCGACCUGCUUCCCAUCUGCGCUGCUGUCGACGAGCUUUGCCACUCUGCCAGGGCGCAAAAUGGCCAUGGCGAUGCUGACGUCGACAUCCACGCGGUGACCAUACGGCUUGAUACCAUCUUGCGCAUGAUGCAAGCGACCGAGGCGAAAGUCGACGCAGCUACCUGCGAACGACUCUACACGGACGUGUUUGGGAGUGCUGAUAUUAUGCCUGCGGUGCGCAAUGCUGCAUGGGAAAAGCUUCACCGCAUGGCGUCUGUCACCGCGGCGGACACUCCUGCUACUCGACUUUGGCAAGGCUUCAUGCAGGACCAUGUGCCUUCGCUUCCGGCGGAGCUUGCCAGUGCUGAGCUCGUUCAGAUGGUCAGCAUGCAAGUGAGGUCGCAGUGCUCGUCUGCCGAAGUGCAGGCCGACUACACGAAGAUGCUGCGGCUUCCUCUCUGGCAUGCAAUUGAGCGCUUCGCGGUCUCUUCCUCUCAGGCCCAGGUCAAGAAGCUGGGGAUCGAUGUCAUCUUGGAUAUGCUUUUUGACUUCCCCAGCAAAGCCCAGGUACCUACAGCAUCGAUCUUACGCUGCCACGCAGAGUUUGCCAUGGCUCUACUGGACAAGUUGGGCCAGAGCUUUAGGAACGUACAGGAAUCGGACAAUGCUGAAGAUGGCCUCCAGUUCCUCAACGGCAUGACACUACUGUUCUUUCUCCUACGCGCGAGCAAAGUGAACAAAAUACUACCAGAGCUCGAUGCUGACCAUGAGCUAUUGGUGGUGGAUGAAGCGAAGGGCCCUGCUGACGGCAUGAUCCUUGAUGUCCAGAUCUACGGACCCGAGAUCCAACCCCUCAGGUACCGCGCCAUGGCGAGACAGUCCACGAAAGUACCGACUCUGCUCAGCAGCCUACCUCAGGUCACCUCCGCUGGUCAACACCGAAUCAUCGCAGGCGGUCUAGAGAUCACGCACGAGAACGACAAGACACUGGCUGAGCUUGGCGUUCAUCAUUUAGGUGUGCUCAUGAUCCGUCCAGUGUUCGCAACUGGGGACGAUAUUGACAAGUGCGUGACGCCCGCAGGUCCGGUCGAGCAGGAAAUCCUUGCACAAUAUAGCUCUGUCGAGGCAUUCUUGACCGGACCGGACCCCCUGGCGCAGAAGGCUCUUCCCGUAUUGCAAGAAGUACGGUUGACCUCGGAGGCUCGCGAGAAGGUCACGUCGGGUUCCGUGAGCCUUGUUACCCUCUUCCCUGCAGACAAACCGUACAGGACAAGAUACUCUCUCUUCGUGCUCCAGAAGCAGCUGCACUAUCAUGCUCGGCUUGCCGUGGCCGACCAAGACUUCAGCCUUCGCGCCGUGCAAAUGCUGACAGAACUGAUGAUGGACGACACUCGUUCGACGCACCCGAUGCUCCAGAUCGAUAUUGUGUCUUUAUUGGGACUUUUCCUGCGAGAACGACCUUCUCGCGACCAGGCUCACCAAUAUUUUCGCAACCCAGAGGCGUUUGUCUCCCGGACAAAGGUCCUGCUCUCAGAAGCACAGGCAUUACCACUCCAUCUCUCAUCGCCUUCGGGUGAGGACCGAGUCCGCACUGUUCUCGCAACCACACUCUACAAGACCCUGCUCGACGCCCUGGAGGCAGAUGAGGCGCUUUUUCAGGCUGUCAGCUCCGGAGAGAAAGAGAUGAUUAGCAUUCAUCAGCAGCUCUUGCUCGACGAAUUUUGCGACUUCUCCAAGGCGAUAUCGGGGCAGAUCGAGACAAUAUGCCAGCAUCCUUACACCUCCCGAGACAUGCCGCAUUUCUUCUGGCGAACGCUUUUUCCCGUCCUGCCCGCAGCGCUCGAGAAGAAAACGGUAGCAGCACCAUAUUUCAAUCUUCUGGUGAGGGUCCUGGAGGCCGACCAUAAGAUGAUGAGCAACGAGGAGGAUGUGCGCUCUCUGGUUGACAUGCUGCUGUCAAAGCUCUGGUCGUACCACCACUCGGAGACACCCAUGCUUCUCCUCCAGGAUCAAGGGGCUGCUGGACUUCUGCAGCUGCUGAAAGCCACAACGGUCGCGCUUAAGAAAAGGAAGAUACCACUCGACCUGGAUGAUCUGCCUUCGCAACUUCUGCAAAACCUGCUAUUUCCUUCAUCCAUCGGACCAUCUCAUCCGUAUCCGCUGAUACACGAGGGCAGCAGAGCACUUGUGUACGACCUCGUGCGUGCGACGUUUGGCUCGAAGACAGACUACUGGCGUCUUCUGGGCACCGUGCGCUCGGCAAUCCAGAUGUCUCGCGAACAAGCGAAACAAAGCUUCCCGGGUGUUCAGAACUGGCUGCGGCCCUCCAUCUGCAGCGCUGGACUCUCGAACUUGGGCAUGACGUGUUAUAUGAACUCGCUGCUGCAGCAGUUGUUCGCCAACUUGCAGUUCCGCAAGUUCAUCUUGGAUCAGCCGAUACACGACAUCAGGAAGCAGGAAGUUCUGAGCGUUCUUCAGACACUCUUUGCUUCCAUGCAGGAUGGCAUCGAGCCGUGUGCGGACACAACGCAGCUUGCUAACGUCUUGGGUGUGCAAAUUGGCGUGCAAGAAGAUGUCCAUACCUUCUACACGACAAUGCUGAGCAGGCUGGAAGACAACAUGCCGACCGGAGAGCAGAAGGCCGCAUUGAAGGGAUUCUUCACUGGCAAGUCAAUCACGCAGAUCCAAGGCGAUUGCGGCCAUGUCUCGUCUCGCGAGGAGCCGUUCACGGAGUUGUCAAUCACUGUCAAGGAGAAGACCAAUCUCUUCGAGAGCCUCGAGGAGUUUGUUCAGGGCGAGCCUUUGGCGGGGGCGAACAAGUACAAAUGCAUGACCUGCGAGGAGGGUGAAGGUCGUCUGGUGAACGCGAUGAAACGCACGUGCCUCGAGGAAGUACCGGACACACUCACACUCUGUCUCAAACGAUUCGCGUUCGACAACCUCAUGGAAGGCGAGAACAAGGUCAACGAUCGAUUCGAGUUCCCCGCAGAGAUCGACAUGUCAACAUACAAGCGUGGCUACUUGGAAGACCCUCAGUCGCCGCAGCAGCCUGACAUGUUUGAGCUGGUCGGCGUCAUCGUCCACCAAGGCACGCUCAGCUUCGGGCACUACUGGUCAUACAUCCGCGUGGCAGGCUUGCCUCUCAACCAUCACGGUGCAUGGGUGCUUGUGGAGGACACUAGAUCUAUCCAAAUUCCGGGUGCCGUCCAGGAGGUCCAAAAGAGAUGCUUUGGCGGAGUGCAAGGCUCCAACGGUACGGAGCUGACUGAUAAUGGCUACGUCUUGGUCUACCAACGCAACAGUUACGCGAUGCAAGCGAGGGACUUCAAUCUGGUGGUACCAUCACUGCAAGGCGACGUCUUGCCUAAAGUCAGCGUGCCGGCUGCGCUAUUGGCUAGACUCGAAGACUGCAACCUCUGGCGUAUCAACAUUGCCGCUCUGUUCAACGAAGGGUUUGCUGCGCUUCUCGUCAUGCUGCUGGAACAAUUCCCGUCCGUCGUUGGACCGCAGCUUGGGUCGUCAGACAGCGAUGUCUCCGCAGAGACAUUAUCAACCACGAACACUGCGGAAGACGGGAUCAUAGCCUUGAUGGGCGACACCGUCGCGCAGUACGCACUCCGGGUUUUGGUGUGCGACCCUGAGGCCAAAAGCAAGCUCGCCUCUCUCGACUCGGGUCUGACAGCAAUCUUGGAAGCCAGGCCAGCCGUAGCUGUGCACAUCUUGCGGAUCUUUCGUUACGAACGUCUCGCCUUCAAGAUUGUUUUGCAUGCCAAACACUCGGCGGUGCGCACUGCUGUGUACAACAUGGUUCAGACAUGCCUGGAAUGCAUCCGUGAGCACAACUUCAGCGAGUACGAAUCGGCUGUAGACGACAUCGUCGAGAUGCACGGCAGCAUGCUCGACGACGAGCUCGACGACGCGCAUGGCGAUUACUGGGCUGAGUACCUCGCCUUCGCGGCCAACCUCGCCAGGCAAGGCCCGUACGAGACGCAUCAGAUUCUGGAGAAAGACUAUCUAGUCUGGACGUUCGAGGCCGUCUUCACUCGCUGGGAUGCAAAGAGUCGGGAGGCUCACCCGUCCGUCUUGCAGUGGAUGAAGAGUAACAACAACUACGACUACGCACCCCUCUUCGCCUUCCUUUACGAGUUGCUCGGCUGCCCUUACGUGGAUCUGUCAAUGAGCGAGGUGAAGACCUUUGCUCGAGAUGAGCGCUUGCAGACAUCAAGGGGCUGGUCUCUCGCUCCCCGGGAGAUGGAGCUCAUCAAGAAAACCCACGUCUUCAGGGAGAAACACGGGCAGCAAUGGCUUCUGCAUGGUGCCAUGUGCAGGACCUGCUCGACUAAGGGUCGCUGGCAGGACUGGGCACCUGGCAAGCUGAUCGGCUUGUUGGCAGACGCCACGACUCACCAGGAUGUCCAACAUCUCGUCGAGCUGGGCAUAAUAGCAGGUGUCAAUAUCGAAAACACCAAGCUCACACCACUGCUCUGGUCGAGUUACUUUUACUGCCAGAGCACGGAUGAUCGGUUCUGCAAGCAGCUUAUGCAGACACUCGCCCACAAUCUCCCUCUCUGGGAGAACAGUGAGCGGCGUACGCUCUACUUCUUCAGCCAUGUGUACGACAUGGCGCCAGUGUCGGUCAUCGACAACGUGCCCAUCUGGAUCUUACAUAACUCAUUUUUGCAUUCGCAGAAUGCCGACUUCCGCCAACUGACCCUCGAAUGGCUGCAAGGGCACCUCUUCAGUCCGGACUCGCUGUCAAGCAACUCCGCGCUCGAUGCCGCUCGCAUGCGCACCACCCGCUCUCUGGUGAAACAGUGCACUGAGACUCUGCGGACGAUGAUGUAUCACAACUACCAGCGCGAGCCGAUGGAAGCGAUGAUCUCCGCCAUGGACAGCGCCAAAGACUACCUCUCCCGCCUGCAGACCGAAGUUCAGGCGCUGCUGCUAUCGGCUACGGAGGAUGAUCCGGACGCUAACGUCAGCUCGAGCAAGGUCGCGGCGAAAGCAGGUCUGAGCACGGAGAUGCAGGUGGAGUUCGGGGAGUCGAAGGCCGCACUCGCUAAGGUGGAGAUGUUGUUGACGGAUCUGGAGCAGUGGGAGGCGGAGGAGACGACGCUGCCGACGAGGUCGGUGGGGGUGAGGAGGAGUUUCGCGGAGGAGGAGGAGCUGGGGGACACGGAGCUGGAGGGCGAUGAGGAGGAGUGGUCGAGCGAGGGUGCGAGUGAGGGGUUUUUUGGAGAAUGA